GCUGCUAAGCUAAAGUUUGUAUUUAUAUAAAACAUUAAAAUAAUGUUUAUAGUCGUUGGGCAGUUAGUUCAUAAACGGCAUGCCGAUGUCUAACGGUGUGAUGUUGACAUAAUGAACAUAUAACAGAGAGGAGGGAUCAGAUGGGGUAACACAUCGAUGGGCCUUCCAGAUGAACACUUUCAACUCCCAGUGCGCCUAGGCCUGACACAGAUGAGCGAUGCUCCUGUUGUUUGGGAUCAAACUACAAUUUUGACCACAAACGCCAACACAGCUUCUCCAAACUUGGCCAGAACACCAUCUUCCCUUUAUGUGAAACCACCCAUCACCUGAACCUUCAGAAGAUUGUCAUCACCAUGUCUCAUCCGCUGUAUAACCCGCUUGCGUCUGGGAAACCAACUUCCUUCCAAUCUGGACUCUCUACCGGGCCGACAGAAAGGGACCCUCACAGGACAUUUCCUGGGUUUGUACCAGGGUCCACCUUGAGCUCUUUUGGAACAUCUUCAACCCUCAACACUUUGGGGAAAAUAAUACCUCCACAGCUCAAUCUCCCAGUGAGCUACAGGCCCAAACAGAAUGGGGCUAAGUUGGACAAGGACAUUGAUGGUAUUUUAGACUUGAACAUUAGCAGAGCCACAGAGGAAUCGAGGCAUCAGGCUGUAGACCAGUGGGUUCACUUUACCAACACUCAGGGAGUGGACCUUCCUCUAUCAAGUAGAGAGGUGAUGCCCUAUCAGAUAUCUUCUAACUCUCAAGGAUUUAGAUACCCUGCUGUUGACGGUGGCAGUAGCUCCCUGGACUGGCUUCCAAACACCAAAAAGGCCACUGAGAGUAAAUCCUCCAAACAUUACUCAUCAUCUGCUGCAUCUGAAUGUCUAAGUAGCGGUGAUGUUAAAAUUAAUACCUCGAGUGAAAGAAAGUGGCCCAUUUCAGAUUUAGUUGCUAAUGAAAACCCAAAGGACAAAUCUGUUUGCCACAGCGGCUCCAGUCGACCCAGGUACACUCCAGAAUCAGCGACCAACAUCCUUCGGAGUUUUGGACUUGAAAAAAAGGACUUGCAGGCGCUCCUUUCAUACAGCGAAGAUCAGGUCACCCCUGAAAACCUGCCCUUCAUCUUGCGGGAGAUUCGCUUUCAGAAGAACAAAAGAGCUGCAGCUGCAGCUCAGUCAAAACCACAUUCAGAACCUCGGCCCAGUACAGAUGUGCAUGAAAUAGACAGAUUUAGUAGCUCUGAACUGCCGGUGAUGCAUCGAGAUGAAACGCCUUCAGGUAUUCUUAAACCAAGUAAAGUAAUUGACUAUGGGCAUACUAGCAAGUACACUUUGGUUGGAGAAGAGACUGGAAGGGCCAGCAGACCUGACAGUAGUGGAAGUGGAGCAUCAGACGAUCAUAGUACCAGUAGUUUCAGUAAAGAACCACUUCAAAAAAGUAGUCCAGAGGUGAAAAGCAGUUCUUUGAUUGCUUCACGUGAUCAGAUGGGAUCUGUCUGCAGUCUCAGCUCAGUGAGGAGCUCUCUGACUCCUCCAAGCAGUGACCCAACAAAGCAACAGCAGACCCAACCAAACCAGACCUUACAAGCCAGUUCUUCUUUGACAGAUACACAACACGUCAAGGCUAAGCUUUCCAAAUCUUUUCCUUUAAAUGAGCAAAAGCCAGACUGUUUGUCAACAUCUAAAACCCAAUCACCCUGUUAUCUGGUCCAGGGUGGCCUUCCAGACCGUCCUGGCCUUGCCCCUGGCAGCCACGAGGACAACGCUCAGAGUAAAACUGAAGGGAAAGCUGCUGAGCUGAUAGAAAAGCUGCAACCACCAAAGCAAACAACUCAUCUGAAGCAGCAACAGAAGCAGUCGCAAGAGCAAAAAGGAAAAACUUCACAGUCUCCAGUUAUUUCUGAAGCAAAACCAGUUCCUCAGUCUUCCUACAUCCCCACGAUUGUGUGCAGGACUGUUCAAAUGCCCACUCCCAGUACGGGUCUGCCAACGCUGGCCAUGAUUCACGACUACGCUGCAGCCACGCCAAAAGUGUUUCCACACACCUGCUGUCUCUGUAGCACAGAAUGUGCUCACCUGAGGGUUUGGCUCUCCCACCAGAAUACCAGCCGUCAUCUCAACAACUGCAAACUUCUCCGGAAAACGUUUCCAGAGUGGGACGGUGACAUACGACAGUUCCUGAAUACCAAGCCUUCAUCCUCAGCUCAUACAACCCAGACGUCGCAACACCGCCAUCAUAAAACCAAGCAUGAGAGCCGUUCCAGCUCCCACAGCCCCCGCCGUGACCACAGCUCCAAGGGUAAAGCCCAUAGUCGUUCCCGCUCCCGCAGCCCACUUCCCCGCUGCAGUCGGGAUAAAUCCGGCAGCUCCUCCUCCUCUUCCCGCUCGCACAGUCCUCUCAGCCGUCGUGGAGAGAGACGCCGAAACCGAUCACAGUCACCACAGAGAUCCAGGCGAACUUACAGGUUGCGAUCCCGUUCUCGAUCUCCACGGUACAACCGGUCUAUCUCCUCCCACUAUCAAGCCUCCUCAACGAGCCGGGAGAGGCGAGUGGCCAAGAAAUGGUCGUCGCCAAAGAGGAGCUGCGAGUCUUCACUGAAGAAAAGUGACAAGAGACGGUCGCCACUGAGGAAAAGUGGCGAGAAACAAGCAUCUGCUGAGAAACCACCGCCUCUGCAAAUGAAGCCGAUCAGUGUAGAGACAUUUGCUAAGAGAGUGAUGGAAACAUCAGCCAUCCAGGCUCUAUCCAACGAGUCUGACCUCGAGGCUGUGGUGAAAACUCUGGCUCCUGUCUUACUGGCUGAGCUAGCUAAAUUGAAAUCAACAUCUUCCUCCUCCUCCUCCUCCUCCUCUUCCAAGGAACCCAAGUUGGAGUUGACUACAAAGUGUUUGAAAGGAAAGCCCAGCCUUCAGAAGACCACAGCAAGUUCUUCAGUAGGAUUUAAGUCUGCAGUUUCCAAGAAGCCUCUUCAGACUUCUUCAAAGAAGCAAAUAGGACUUCCUAAGAAAAAAACUGGGCUGCUGUGCAAAAACUCCACCAAAGUUCCUAAACCAAGAAAUGUGACAGAGCAACAAGAACAGGCAAAAACCAAGGAAAAAUCGCCACCACUCCCAGCUAAAGCUAACCCAGACAAAAAGGUUAAUGUUGCCCCAUCAGUUGUCUCAAAAACUAGUGGUAUCCAUCCACCAGGCAGCACGCCACCAUUCUGGGUUACCGUGACAACUAACCCCUAUGUUUUCCCUACUUCAGCUCCACUAUUCAACAUCCCAGAUUAUCUGACUGUACAAACAAUGGAUGACGUUGAGAGAGCCGCCCCCCUGGCGUCCACAUUCUCCACCGUCAUGUUGACUGGUUUACCUGGAAGAGAAUACAUGUACAACGACGUCGCUAAGCUGGUGGGGCCAUAUUUCCCCAAACGGAAUUACCGCCCGCUGUUAAAUAACCUGAUCGUCCUAACACUGCAGAAGAGGGCCUUUGUCUUUUUCGACAACUGGGAUAUGUGCUCCACUUUUGCUCGAGAUUUCAUCAGAAACCCAGUUUUGAUCAGAAGCUGCACUGUCACCAUCCAUUUCGUCUUAGAGGACAUGCAUCCUGGGUCCAACGAGGUGAUCAUCUACAGAAAUCUCAUGAAAUGGAGCAACGCUCUUCUUCCAGACUUGAAGACUUUGGAGGAGCGGCUGUUGUGCGUGGAGAUAACUAAGACAUCUGUAGGCCUCACUAGGACGGUCAUGGAAGUGGUGGCGUCCAUUGCUGCUUAUGUCAGCUUUGUGCCGCUUGCCAACAGGAUCUACAUCGAGAUGGCUGAUUCCAGCGGUGUGAGGCAGGUUCUGGAAAACUGCUCAAUUCGCUCUCUGUUUUCAAAGGACACGUGGACGAACAUUCGGUAUUUACGUCAAGUGACGAGCACCAAUCAGCGUUCUCCAAGUUCCAACACCCAAGAUGCCAACACAAAGUCCCCAGCUGUGACAAGUAAAGCAAAGCCUCCUCCCAGUACUCAGGCUUUCUCAGGUCCUGAGGUUCAUUCAUCAGCAGACUCUAAACAGAGACUAAAUGCAAAGACCAAAAAGAAAGCUGUGGCAAAGUCUGAUACACUGGAUUCAAUUAUUGAUCUUACUGAAACAGAAGAUGUUCCUUCAACCAAGAUGUCUAAAAGCAGACGGGGGGAGACGUCUUCAAAGAAACAUGAGAUACAAACAACAAAGAGAACAAGAAGGAGAGUCAACAUGAAAGAUGAUUCACUAGAAAUGGUCUAUGAGAUUGUGGAUUCUUCUGAAGAUGAAUGGAUUCAACACUCCUCCACCUCUGAUGGGAGAAAGUCCACUACAGUGAACUUAGAGUGCGGGGCUUCAUACAAGAUUUCAGACCAAGAGGCCCCAAAAGAACCAAGCAACUCAACAGUUUCCACCAGAGAAAAUGAAGAAACACCAACAGAGAAAACUAAACAAGAUGAGACCCCAACAAAAAGAGGGAACACACCUGCCACAGAUUCUCAGGAACUAAAUGAAGAGAAAACUCAAACGAUAGAAGACAAAGCUCCGACCGAAGACAGUUCGCCAACAAAUGAAAGCGAUGCCCUACAAGACAUAAGCAAGGAGGCUGCUGGAGAAAUGUAUACUAUGGAGGAAGAGGUUGUUGAGGAUCUUCAUCAGGAAACACAGGAAAAAUUAGGGGGGGAAAGGCCAGAUAAAGACAAUGAAACAACCGAAAAACAAUACGUAGACGUGGCUGAUAAAGAAACAGAGACGUGUCAGGUAGUUGACUCAGCUGAUGAUCGGCCCCACACAGAUGACUCAGCAAAGCCAGGAAAGUCUACUCAUUCUGAGGAUGAAGACAGGACAGAAACAACAACAGAGAAAACUAAACAAGAUGAGACCCCAACAAAAAGAGGGAACACACCUGCCACAGAUUCUCAGGAACUAAAUGAAGAGAAAACUCCAACGAUAGAAGACAAAGCUCCGACCAAAGACGGUACGCCAACAAAUGAAAGCGAUGCCCUACAAGACACAUGCAAGGAGGCUGCUGGUGAAAUGUAUACUACGGAGGAAGAGGUUGUUGAGGAUCUUCAUCAGGAAACACAAGAAAAAUUAGGGAGGGGAAGGCCAGAGAAAGACGUUGAAACAACCGAAAAACAAAACUUAGAAGUGGCUGAUAAAGAAACUGAGACCGGUCAGGUAGUUGACUCAGCUGAUGAUCGGCCCCACACAGAUGACUCAGCAAACCCAGGAAAGUCAACUCUUUCUGAGGAUGAAGACAGAAAGACAAAGAGAAGAAUGGUAUCACCUAUAAAUGAGGAGAAAACGGAGUCUGGACAGAUGGAUUCUCUGGCAGACAAUGAAAAUCCAAAAGAGCCAACAACCACAGAAGAGUCUAGCAGAGAGGAUGAGAGAAAAGGGGACAAUAUAAACUCUGAGACUGCAGGGGAGGUUGGAGCGAUUAAAGCAAAAGAAAAUGGAGCAGCAACAACCAGAAAAAGAGGUCGACCCAGGAAGAGAAGCAGACAGACUCCUGUGAGAAAAUCUCCUAGAGGGAAAGUGGUGAGCACAAUAGAUGAAAGAGAAGAAGAUGAAAAAGAGCCCCUUCCCCCCGCUUCACUCGAUUCUUCCUUAAAUGAAGUGAAGCAGGAGAAGGCCACAUCUGCACCGUCAGGAGAAGCUCUACCUCAGAUCCAGAAGACGGAGGGGGAAGUAGUGAGCCAAUCUGAGGUUGACGGUGCUUCUGCAGGGCAGCAUCCACAACCUGCGAGUCCCGAUAACCAGACACUGGAAGGAUGUGUGGAGGAGGUAGAGGAGGAGUUCGGAUGCAGCACAGGUGAAGCAAAAGUUGUGAGGAAACAAAGGAUGGAGCUUGAUGAACCCGAGACGAAGCGAUCUCGGUCUGCUGGUGUUUCUGAUGACCUCAGUCUGCAGCCAUUCAACUCUGACAGCUACAUUGGUCAGGAGUUUACAGUCCGUACUCUGGGGUAUUACUGCAAUCUCUGCUCUGUUUUCUACCUGAUGGAGAACACGGGGGAGGAUCUGCACUGCUGCAGCAAGGCGCACUAUGACAACCUGCAGAAACAUUACCAGAAGAUGGCAAAGCAACAGAAACGUUCAAGAACAUCAACAUAAAAAUAAAAGACUGGAAUUUGUCUCUUAAUGCCGAGUCCUCUGUGAUUGGUCAGCUCCACUGACCAGUUUAACCUUCGUCCGAAUUUUUUAAAUAGCUCCUCCUUUUUAAGAUAGACACCUGAAUACAGGUAGCGUGAAAGAUUAUAUAAAAACAAUUCAACAUUAUCAUAAGAUCAUGUCUGUUACCAAUAUGAAAGCUGUUAAGUUUUAUAUAUAACCUGAGUUGAACUGCUACAAAACUUUGAACCCUCAAAAUAUGUUUAAAGAUGAUAGAAAAUAUUUAAUUCCUUUUGUAAAACCACAACAUUGUGUUGCAGGUUUAUCUCAGUCCAAGAUUAAGUUUUUUUUUAGGGGGCUUUUUUUGGAAAAUCACUUUUAAGUCUCCAGAAAAGUGCUGAUUUCUACUGUAUACCCACGCAUGUUAUGUAAUAUGUUUUCAAGCUGUUAUGACAUGAGAUUUUUUUAUGUACAUCUGUAAAAAAAUAAAAAAUGUGGGGAAUCUUUGUCUAAUUUUAAAAAUAAAAUAAAAAUGUUUACCUGAGUA